AUGCGUGUGAAUGAUGUGGAGAAGAGCUUUAAGGCGGUGCAUGACGGUGAAAAAGCACAGCAGCAAUCAGCUAUGAAAUGCUACAUGCACUGCGGUCCUUCCCUGAGCGGGGACAUGUCCGCUCAUCGGGAAUCCCCGCUGUCGCCAGCGCGGACGCCUGGACGCCCCCGCAGGGAGAAGGCGCUCAAGGCUCGGGUCCCUGGGAGCCCGGGGGUGGCGGGGCCGUGCGGGGGCAGCGAUGCGAUGCGAUGCGAUUUGGAAACAAGACAGGAGUCUGAUUACAAAUGUUUGCAGCAUGCAGUUGGAGAUGUGCCAGGAUGGCACCAGAAAACAUUUGCACUGGGGUUUUGGUGGGGGAUGGCAUUGUUAUUGACUUACCCAAGGAGUUUUAAAGCUCCAGCAGUAAACAGAUUCACCAGACGUGCAUCAGUGUGUGCAGAAGCUUACAAUCCUGAUGAGGAAGAGGACGACGCAGAAUCUAGGAUUAUUCACCCCAAAACAGAUGAUCAAAGAAACAGACUGCAGGAGGCGUGCAAGGACAUCCUUCUUUUUAAGAACCUAGACCCGGAACAGAUGUCUCAGGUGUUAGAUGCGAUGUUUGAAAAGAUGGUUGAAGGAGGGGAACAUGUGAUUGAUCAAGGGGAUGAUGGUGACAACUUCUACGUCAUUGACAGAGGUACAUAUGAUAUUUAUGUAAAAUGUGAUGGUGUUGGAAGGUGUGUUGGAACCUAUGAUAACCGAGGAUGUUUUGGUGAGUUGGCCUUAAUGUACAAUACACCCAGAGCAGCUACAAUUAUAGCUACCUCUCCUGGUUCCAUCUGGGGUUUGGAUAGGGUAACAUUCCGGAGAAUCAUUGUAAAAAAUAAUGCCAAAAAGAGAAGAAUGUAUGAAAGUUUCAUUGAGUCAUUGCCAUUCCUUAAAUCUUUAGAAGUAUCUGAGCGUUUAAAAGUGGUUGAUGUGAUUGGUACCAAAGUGUACAAAGAUGGAGAACAAAUCAUUGCUCAGGGUGACUUGGCUGAUUCUUUCUUUAUUGUAGAAUCUGGAGAAGUAAGGAUUAUAAUGACAAGGAAGGGUAAACAAGAUCUAGAAGAGAAUGGAGCAGUAGAAAUAGCUCGAUGCUCAAGAGGACAGUAUUUUGGAGAACUUGCUCUUGUAACUAACAAACCCCGAGCUGCUUCUGCAUUUGCUCUUGGCACUGUCAAAUGUUUAGUUAUGGAUGUGCAGGCAUUUGAAAGGCUUUUGGGACCUUGUAUGGAAAUUCUGAAAAGGAACAUUGCAAACUAUGAAGAACAGCUAGUUGCUCUGUUUGGAACAAACAUGGACAUUGCUGACACCACCGCAUGAACUGAACAUUGGAGCAACAAGAUCUGUUAUGAGAAUAUAGCACAGUAGUGGUUAGUCCACUGAGAAAUUGUCUCUUCCUAUAGAUGCCAAGCAUUUUUUGUGAUUUUAAGAAUGGGAUUGGGUUUUUUUGGUUUGGUUUGCUUUUGGUUGGGUGGUUUUUGUUUGUUUUGUUGUUCUUUUUUUUUUAAAUUUUGACAGUGGAAAGACUAGUAAAGAAAAUAGCAAUUCAAUAAAUGGAGGGCUUGAUUUUUAAAAAUGCUCAGAACUGAUGGUUCCAUCUGAUACAAGGUCGGACUGUAGUAGCACAGCACCUUUGAAAAUCAAGUCCUUUAACACGGCAUUUCCUUAAAGAAUAGAUUUUUUUAAAAGCCCCACGUGAUGAACUUGUUAAACCAGCUUCUGUCUUCAAAAAGGUUACUUCUUUUCUGGAAAGACUGUUAGUUUGAAUGUGAUAUGUUGAAAGUAUUAGUGCACACAAAGUGUUUAUAUGUAUUAAUACAGAAGAUAUACAGUAGGUAUUACUUUUUGACUAUUACAGUUGUCAUGAUUUUAUGUUGCAUUUAUCACAGAUGUAGUGAAUCACAAGAUUAAUCAUAAAGAUAAAGCAUGACAGUGCGUUUUGUGUAACGCUCAUGACCCAAAUCUGAUUUUUAAUAUUUUGUAAUUCGUUUUAAAGUCCUCUUUGUUUAAUAUGUCAUGUUUCAGCACGACAUUGUAAUAUCUUAUGCAAUUUAGAGGACUUGUAUAUUUUUGCAAUAAACUGCAUUUUUUAUUAAUUACAUGAAUUCUGUACAUGAGUGAGGACAGCUGACAAAUUAACCUUAAUGCUUUCAAAGCAAAGGCAUGGGUCAUUGUCAUGUUCCACCUAAUCAUAAAUAACCUAUAUUGUUUUCCUUCUCCCUUGUUUUAUAUUUAUGCAUUUUGUCUUCUCUAUUUAUGCUUGUUCUGUAGUUAAUUUUUUUUUUAGAUCUCACAUUUUUAUUGUUAAAUCUGUUUCAAAUGAAAUGAUCUCUGUAUAUCUCUCUUCCUGCAGUCUAAUCUUAGCUAUCAAAGAUCAGAGUCAAUUACUGAAGUGAUUGAUAUCAAAAGCCAUGCUAAACUAAGCUUGUCCUUGAAAAUCCUUAACAGGAAGUGCAAAAAUAUUUUUAAUUUGAAAAAUCAGUACUUCCAAAGCUUUGCACACAUCUGUCAUUGUUCAAGCUAACAUGUCUUGCUUUCAAAAACCCAUAGGUCAUCAUGAAAUAAUGUGUUCAGCCAUAAUAGCAUGGGAUAACUUCUGAGACUGAGGAGAGAGAAUAUCAUCUUAAUUAUGAGCACAGGGCUCAUUGCUUACAGGGGUCUGUGACUGGAAAUUUCAGGCACAGUCCAGUUCCAGUCCUGCUUACUGACCUGCCUGUUGAUGUUCAUGGACAGCCAGUGCUCGUUCUGGCGAUGGGCAGCUCUGCCAAAAUGACACUGCAAGAGUUGUAGGAAGGCUGCUUGUGCCCUAAUUCAAACACC